UUAAUUUGGAGACAAAAUAAAUGUAAAUCAAGUACACCCUUUAGUUGCGUCUGCACAAUCACUGAUCGGCGAGUGAGUAGUUACAGAAGUUGAGAAUCAAGUUUUGAAGAAAUCAUCAUUGAUUAUGGACCUGUUGAUACUACUCCAAAGUAUUCUAUACUAUUGUGUUGCUGUUUCGGGAUUUCUAUUGGCUAUUCCAUUAGAAGUGAAUCGUUCAGACCUUGAUGGAAAAUGCAUUUUAUAUGCCAAGAUUUACAAAGUCAAGCGAAGCUAUAUGAUGACUUGGGGAGAUGGUUCUGAAUGCCGCUAUGUUUCUAGUACUGGUUUCUUUGGAAUAGUAUUUGGACUUUUAGCUGGAGUUGGUUUUGGAUAUAUAGCAAACAAGUCAAGGAAGGACAAAGGUAUUGGAUAUAGAAUGUGGAUGAUGGUUUUUGUUAUGAUGAAUGCUGGUUUAACUCUUGUCUCGCUUGUUGCUGCUUGUAUGUUAACUAUUGGCUUCAAAACAAUUUCCAACAUAUUGGGCAGUCAAAUGUGCUCUCCAAUUAUUACCAAUGGGAAGUUGUCAAAUUUUGUUCUCUUGCAUUCCUUGUCAGAGGUAAGUGCUUGGAUUGGAACCAUUAUAAACUUUUUACUGACUGGAAUCAGCAUUGUCACUCUUCUAAGGAACAGAGGGCGUCUACAGAGUAGAGAUACUAAAAAUAUAAAUUUAAACACUACCAGGCUUCCUUCUAUUGGUUAAUAGUAUUGUUAUAAAUGUUCAAGAUCCUUGUAGGUGUAGCUGUAUCAGAAUUGACAUGUUAGUGUUGAACUUGAAUUGAAGGGAGGUUAUAGUUAUAUUUCAUUUAUAAAUUUUGUUAAAGUCACAUAAUUAUGUUUAUCAUUAUUUCUUAUACAGGAAGUUUUAAUUUUGUAGUUAAUUAUGUUAAUAAUUUAAAAAAUGUUUAAUAUAUUUGAAUUCUAAUUGUUUGGAUUUUGGCGAAAAAUGAAUAAAUUUAUUUGAAAAAAAGUUUUUGAUAU